CUUUUCUAAUAAAAAACUCUUCCAUUUUCAAGCGAACCAACCACAAUGUUCCAUCAAGUAACAUGAAACAUGAUCUAACUAAACCUACAUACGACGUCGUAAUCUUUGGAGCAUCAGGUUUCACCGGCAAAUAUGUAGUGAAAGAAGCUCUUAAAUUCCUCAACUCCUCCCCAAACUCACCUCUCAAAACCCUAGCCCUAGCCGGUCGGAAUCACUCUAAGCUUUCCGAAGCCCUAGCAUGGGCCACUCCGUCGCAGCAUACUACUACCAUCCCUUUCCUCUUGGCCGAUACAAAUGAUCCACCGUCCCUUCGCCGCAUGGUUUCUCAAGCCAAGCUCAUCUUGAACUGUGCGGGUCCUUUUCGCCAUCACGGUGGUCCGGUGGUGGAUGCUUGUGUUGAGGCUGGCUGUGAUUACUUGGAUAUUUGUGGUGAGUCGGAGUUUAUGGAGAGAAUGGAGGCGCUUUACCACCAACGGGCAGUGGAGAAUGGUAGUUUGGUAAUAUCGGCAUGUGGAAUUGAUUCAAUUCCCGCGGAGUUAGGGUUUUUAUUUAAUUCGAAGCAAUGGGUUUCGCCCGCUGUGGUGAGUCAGGUUGAAGCGUAUAUGAGUCUUGAAUCGGAUGUGAGGGUUGUGGCGAAUUCUGCAACGUAUGAGUCGGCCGUGUUGGGGGUUGCUGAGGCAGACAAGUUAAGGGAGUUACGACGGUCUAGAGGAAAAACGAUUCGACCUCUUAUUGUGGGUCCUGCUCCGACCAAAGCACCGAUAAUAGAACACCAAAAGAAGAUCGGAGUUUGGGCAGUCAAACUCCCAUCAGUUGACACUUCCGUAGUUAGAAGAACACUUGCAACGCUAGCUCACAACCCUACUGGUCUUCAAGGGAUCAACGAGACACCACAACAACUACAAAACAGGCUUGACUUCUGGUCAACCAUCAAACCUGCUCAUUUUGGGAUGAAAAUAGCAUCAAAACACCUCUCCGACAUCUUUGGAUUCAUAACAGUCGGCUUCUUCAUUGGGACUUUGAGUAAAUUUUCACUAGGAAGGUGGCUUUUAUUGAAAUUUCCCGAGGUUUUUAGUCUCGGCUGGUUUAGGAAAGGCGGUCCAACUGAGGAGGAAAUCGCGGCUUCUUCCUUUAAAAUGUGGUUUGUCGGGCGUGGUUUUAGUCGUCGUAUCGAUCGUGAAGAUGUGAAACCUGAUGUGGAAAUAAUAACUAGGUUGAAAGGACCCGAAUUCGGCUAUGUGUCCACUUCAAUAAUACUGAUUCAGUGCGCUCUUAUCGUUUUAAAACAGCGCAAGGAUCUUCCGAAAGGAGGUAUCUAUACUCCCGGGAUCGUUUUUGGCCCGACCGAUCUUCAAGAGCGAUUACAAGAGAACGGGAUUUCUUUUGAAACUGUUUCGAAAAAUGUUGUAAAAUGAAAUGGGAGGGAGGAUCCUCUACUCUUACAUAAUAAGGGGAGGAGGGGCGGUUCACUAGUGAUAGAUUCUAUCACUCCCAUUGUCCAAUAAAAUCAUGCCAUGUCAUCAACCAAAUUUCUAUCACUAGUGAUAGAAAUGUAGGAGGGGUGGUCACCAUGGUAAUUUUAUCAAAUACAUAUUCAAGUGAAUGUACACGUGUUAUCCAAAUACAUGAUCCAAAUACAUGCAAGCCUUAUCCAAAUACAUGCAGAUCAGAGCCUUAUCCAAUCAACU